AUGACACCCUUCAAGGCUUUGUAUGGUCAUACUACCCCACACAUGUCAUCUCAUGUGGAAGUUACUACCUCUGUUGCUAAUGUAGAUGAAUAUCUAGUUCAGAGGAAUUACAUGCAAGAGUUGUUGAAGGAGUCCUUACUCAACGCCCAAGAGAGAAUGAAGUUAUAUGCCGACAAAAAGAGAACAGAUCGAAGUUUUGUUGUAGGAGAUUGGGUCUAUCUGAUGUUGCAGCCAUAUAGGCAGUCCUCUGUCGUACUGAGGAAGAACUUCAAGCUUUCAUCCAAGUACUAUGGACCAUUUAAGCUAAAGAAGAAGAUUGGAGCCGCGGUUGCAACUAUGCCUACCCUGCCUCUUAUCGAUCAUCAAGGAAAAAUUCAAGUCAAGCCACUAGCACUGUUGGAUCAGAGAGUCAUUAUUAGACAUGAAGUGCAGGUACAACAAUUCUUAGUGCAAUGGACCAACUCAGCCCCUACUGGCGCUACUUGGGAGGAUACGAAGAAUUUGGAGGCUCAUUUUACAGAUUUCAUCCUUGAGGACAAGGAUAUUGUGAAGGAAAGGGUGAUGUCACAUACCAACUAA